GCAAUCGUUCAGUAGCUUGUCAGGCGUAAGACGAGUAGGAAGACCAACCGCAGAGUGGUUUUAUAGGACAACGGGAAUCAUGAAAAUCGAAUGGGCUCCUCUCAAAGUUCCGCCGGCCCGGCGUUUGCAGACCAUGAUCACGGCACUCUUCACCAUGGCGUUCUUCGUGCUGUUGUUUUCUUCUUACUUGUUUGUUGCCGGUUCACUGAUCUAUGGUGGACUCAUUCUGCGCAGCUUGAUACUGAUCUACUUGGUCUAUAUGUAUUUGGACCACAAGAGAACCCACUCCAUCAUUGACAGCAAUGGAUGGAUGCUAAACCGAACCAAUACCCUGUAUCGGAGCUAUCGCAACUACUUUCCCGUGGAACUAGUGAAGACCGCAGAGCUCCCCGCAAACAGAAAUUAUAUUUUAGCCAGCUUUCCUCACGGCAUACUGGGAACUGGAAUCGGGAUCAACAUGGGAGUGGAAAUCUCCAAGUGGCUGGAACUGUUCCCCCAGAUUCGGCCCAAGGUUGGAACUUUAGAUCAGCACUUCCUUGUGCCAUUUAUGCGGGAGGUGCUGCGCGCCUGGGGGCUCGUGUCGGUGUCGAAGGAGGCCCUGAUCCAUAUGUUAACUAAGUCGAAUGACCCAAAGCAUGCGGACAAUCGCGAUGGCUUCACAUCCAAUGCGGUGGCCAUACUUGUGGGUGGCGCUCAAGAGGCCAUGGACUCGCAUCCUGGCCAAUAUAUACUGACCCUGAAGAGCCGCAAGGGAUUCGUCAAAAUGGCCAUAAGAACAGGUUCAUCGAUUGUGCCCUCAUUUUCCUUUGGGGAGGUGGACAUAUUCGAUCAGGUGGCUAAUCCGCCGGACUCCCUACUCCGUCGCGUACAGUCUGUGGUGAAGAAACUGACGGGCGUUGCCCCGCUGAUUCCAGUCGGUCGCGGUUUCUUCAAUUAUACCUUCGGUUUCCUUCCCCAGCGCCGUCGCAUCGUUCAAGUCGUCGGCGCCCCCAUCGAUGUGGUAAGGAGUGAUCAACCGGAUGCCGCCUAUGUGGACAAGGUGCAUGGCCAGGUCAUGGAGGCUCUGGAAAAGAUAUUCGAUCAGUACAAGGAGCAAUAUAUACCGCAUUCAAAGAACACCAAGCUGGUUAUACAUUAAACUAGAAACAUCAAUAGAUUUUUUUUUUUUAAAUAAUGUGAUCUUCAAUCUACUUUAAAAGCAUUUAUUACGAGUAUA